AUUUUUUCCUCUCUCUGCAACCCUCAGUUGUUGAAAUUAGGGUUCUCGAAAUUUCUGAUCAGACAUGGGUAUCUAGAGAGAGAUCUAGAAAAUCUAGAAGAGAAAGAGAGAGUUGGUGUUGCUGUGCUUCAUACAGAACUUGCGAAUUGAAAUUUUGCAUUUUGCACAUUUUUUAAGAUAUGGGUAAAGAAGAAAGUCCACAAGUUACCAGAAGAACAACAAGAUCCUCCUCAUCUACCCCCAAUUUGAACAAUUCAAUUCAAACCGCGAAAACUAAUAAUCCCCAACCUCUGACACUCAACGAUCUCCUAUUUGGAGAUAAACCCAUAAGCUUUUCUGAUUUGAUUUCUAGUUUUCCAGGUAGGGACAUUCAGAUUCUUGAUCUAAUUCGCCUUUUGGGUCCCUUAAAUACUCCAACAAUCCCUCUGUUUAUAUACGGAAGCACUUCGACUGGGAAAACAAGUGCAGUUCUUCAAAUUUUUCGACACUUAAACAGGCCAUUUGUUUACUCGAGUUGUCUCACUUGCUACAAUCCUCGGAUUUUGUUUGAAUCCAUCUUGAAUCAGUUGUUGCGUCACAGGAAAGAUGUUGGUAAUGGUUACACGAGUGCAAAACGAUGUGAAAGGCCCUCUGAUUUUGUUAAUCUUUUACACGAAGCCUUGUUGAAUGUUGUAAAUAACCUCAAGGGGCAAAUGGGAAAAUCAACCUCGAAAAAGUCAGUGCGAUUGAUUAAUGGAAAGAUGGUUUACUUGAUAAUUGAUAACUUGGAGCUUGUUCGCAAUUGGGAUAAGAGUGCCAACAUAUUGCCUUUUCUGUUUAAGCUCUAUGAUAUUCUGAAGAUUCCUGAAAUGGGUUUGAUUUUUAUUAGUAAAACCUCGCCCGAUACAUAUUACUCUGAUACAGGUUACAUAGAGCCAAUUCCUGUUCAGUUUCCUGAUUAUACCGAAGAUGAUUUUCGUCAAAUCUUCAUGAGGAACCAAGCAAAUCUGAAACUUUAUUCAUCUUUUCUCGAUGUGGUACUGAAGCCAUUCUGUAGAAUUACACGACGGGUUGAUGAACUAUCUGCUGCCUUUUCACCAUUGUUCAAAAAAUAUUGUGAACCAUUAAGUGACAUUAGCAUUUCUCCCAAUGAAGAAAUGAAGAGAAGGUUGUUUAGUCAUCUUCAACCUGACAUUGCACUGUCUUUGAAUGAGAUAUUUAGGGUUUCAUCGUCUCAGUCUUCCUCUGAAGUUGAAGCCAGGAAAGAAAAGGCCAAACGGAAGGGUACUAUGCAGAAAUUGGGGGGUUCUCAACCAUUAGAUGAGGUGGAUUUCCAUAUGUCUACUUCUGCUAAGUAUCUUCUUAUUUCAGCCUUCCUUGCUUCAAGAAAUCCUGCCACCCUUGAUGCAUCAAUGUUUGACUCAACCGGGGGUUUGGAUAAUCGAAAACGAAAGAGGAAGAGUUCAGAAAAAUCACUCGAGCUGAAAGAAACUGCAGAACAAGAAUCACUCAUGAAAGGACCAGGAACUUUUCCAUUGGAGAGGUUAUUAGCCAUAUUUCAGUGUAUCACAUCUGUAUCAGAAUGUUCACUUGAUGAAGAAGAAGGAAAUAAUGGGUUGGGUGUGGAGAGCGGGGAUAGUGGACUUAUGUCUGAUGUUCUAUUGCAACUAUCCAGUCUCUGCAAUGCUAAUUUUAUCAGCAAAGGAAGUAGCUGUCCAUUGGAGGGCUCAACUCGCUACCGAUCUACAGUUUCUGAAGAUAUGGCUUUAAAGGUAGCGAGGAGCCUGAAGUUUCCUUUGUCCAAGUACUUGUAUAGAAGAUAAUGUGAAAUGGGAAAGCUAUUUGUCUCAUGUUCUUCAAAUUAUUAUGGGAGUUUCAUCUGAAGGUAUUUUGAGAUUGAAGAAAUUGUAUUGACAUUCAAAGAGCUGGCAACAUGGUGGAACCAUGAUUUUCAGAUUUUGAGUAGAUGUUAUAUAUAAGCAGGGGAUAUAUAGUUAGCUGGCACUGAAUGGAUGUGGUGGGUAUCGAGUUAGACAUCAAACUUUGAAAAGGGCUGGGAGAGAAAUACUGAUUUGGUGAUUCAUACCAACUUUCUAGCUUUCUAGUUACUUUAUGCACAAAAGUGUAUUUAUCUUGACUUUAUUUUUCGGCCACUUAUGGAGUCAAUUUACCUGAGAACUUAACUAAACAUGGUUUGUUAUUCUUACAUUCCUAAAAUUUGUGAUUCUUUAAAUAGAUCCAUUUCAUGGCAUUUGGAACAA